GAACUUGCGCCGCGUCGUCGACGUACGGACGUAACUUGACGCAGCUGCAUUAAAACGCGCGGUGCGAGCUGCGGGAAAGUAGUCUCCCUGAAGUCACGUCUAUCCGCUGGAAGCGCCGACACUCAGCAGCCAUGCGUGUUCACGUGGUCAGAGAUGAGGACGACUUUAAGAAUCAGCUGGCACAGGCUGGCGACAAGCUGGUGGUGGUGGACUUCACAGCCUCAUGGUGUGGCCCGUGUAAAAUGAUCGGCCCAAUUUUUCACCAACUGGCAGAGAGUCAGGAGAAUGCAAACGUGAUUUUCCUGUCGGUUGAUGUGGAUGAUGUUGAAGAAGUGAGUUCAUCUUGUGGAAUAAGUUGUAUGCCGACAUUCCAGUUUUACAAGAAUACUGAAAAGGUGGAUGAAUUCUCUGGCUCUAACGCAGAAACACUGAAGGAAAAAAUAAUGAAACACAGAUAAAAUGACAGCAGCUACUGUUGCUCUCUGUACAUGCUGUACGAAAGAAAUCCCAGUUUAAUUUUAUUUGCAGUAACCAUCAGGUCUUCUAUUCCACACAGGCAAUAAUUCAUUCCUCAUGUAUUGGUGGCAUACCAUAGUACUGUCAGAUCAGUGUGUGUGUAUUGACUUGUCUGAAACAUAAAACCAGAUGAAAACUUUUAAUUCUGUUUUAAGAGCAAUGGGCUUCUGAUUAACUCCUCAACGUACUUUGUUAUGUGUCCCACGUUGUGCAUUUAAUAAAUGAAGACAAACAGGAAA